AGAGAGUAACUGCCAUUACAAGGCAGAUAAGAUUUAUUUUUUGCGGUCGGUUUCAUGUAUCUGUACAACAAAUUUAACGAGAAAUCUGUUCCAAAUAUAGAUAAACUUUAAUCGGUCAGGUUUCUAAACCAUGUCGUUGCUAAAAACAUUUUAGUUUUGAUUAUCUACUCACCAUGCAGAUAUUCUGUUCGUUCUUGCAAAGUCACGCAAGGAAUGGUGAGAAAGCUGGUGACAGGGGGCCUGAGUAUGAUCCUGUUUAUAAACAAAGGAACCCGACAUGGUGGAAACGAAGAACAAGCAUGGAAAGAUGUCUCACACUGACAUCUGCUGUAACAAUACUUAUAGGAGUGUCAUUAGUCAUAGCGUUAGCAACAGUGCUCUACAACAGAAAUCGACAGAUAAGCAACCAGUACAGUGCAGAAGCUCUUCAAGGACCAUACGUGAUCACGGCACCGUCCACAAAUGACAAGGAAAAGAUCUGUCUGUCGCGUGGUUGUGUCCAUACAGCUUCGAAAGUAUUGGAGUACAUGGACCCAACAGUAGAUCCUUGCGACGACUUCUAUCAAUUUACUUGUGGAAACUUCCUGAAGAGCACGAUUAUACCCGAUGAUAAGUCUUCGGUCACUAGCUUCAGCAUAAUCAGUGAUGCAUUGCAAGAACAGUUGCGUGCGAUGAUCGAGGAGCCCAUUAAACCUGGAGAACCUAAGCCAUUCCAACUCACCAAAAAACUGUACAAGGCGUGCAUGAACAAAACAUUAAUUGAAGCAGAAGGACUCAACACUAUCCAUGGGAUUUUGCGUCAACUAGGAGGAUGGCCCGUUUUAGAAGGGAUGGAAUGGGAUGAAGGUGAGUUCGAUUGGAGAAGAUCUGUUUAUAAAUUCAGAAAACUGGGCUACAGCGUUGAUUACUUCAUUGACUUUUCUGUUGGAGUUGAUGUCAAGAAUUCCACUAAAAGAAUAAUCGACCUCGAUCAAGCAUCGUUAGGCCUACGAAGAGAGUUUCUUACCAAGGGAUUGGAAGAUAAGAUAGUGAAGGCAUAUUAUGAUUAUAUGGUUGACAUCGCUGUACUUUUUGGAGCAGACAGAGACACCGCACAAGAGGAACUCCGGCAGUCAUUGGAAUUUGAAAUGAAGCUAGCCAAUAUAUCCUUACCAAGUGAGAAACGUCGUAACGCUACAGCUCUCUACAACCCCAUGACAAUGAGCCAGUUACAAGAAGCAUUCCCAAGCAUUCCAUGGUUCGAGUACAUGAACAAACUUCUUGCACCUGACACUCAAGUCAGCCAUGACGAGGUCGUUGUCGUCAGCGUACCUUCUUACAUCAGAGAUUUUGAGGCCCUCAUCUCUAGGACACCUAAAAGAAUUCAAGCAAACUAUGUUAUGUGGAGAGCAGCCUCCAGCUCAGUGUCAUACCUUACCGAAGAACUCAGAAAGCGUCAGUUAGAGUACACCACGGUCGUCACUGGCAGAACUGAAAGAGAAGCAAGAUGGAAAGAAUGCAUUGACAUUUCAGCUGGAAGUCUGUCCAUAGCUGCUGGAGCUCUCUACAUCAGGAAAUACUUCAACGAAGAAGCUAGGCAAAAUGCGAAAGAGAUGGUAGCUGACAUCAGAGCAGAAUUUUAUGAUAUUUUGAAGAAAGUUGAUUGGAUGGAUGACAUCACCAGGGAACAUGCUCUGGACAAAGCUAAGGCUAUGACUACACAUAUUGCAUAUCCAGAUGAGUUACUUGAUGACAGAAAACUUGAGCAGUUCUAUGAACAUUUAGAGUUGGAUCCAGACCACUACCUUCAUUCCAUUCUAAACUUGACCCUAUUCGGUACGAGAUUUUCAUUCAAACGAUUAAGAGAGCCUGUCAACAAAACUGACUGGAUCACCCAUGGAAGACCUGCCGUUGUCAACGCCUUUUACUCGUCCAUAGAAAACAGUAUACAGUUCCCAGCCGGUAUCCUCCAAGGUGUCUUCUUUAGUGCUGAUCGUCCCAGGUACAUGAACUAUGGCGCUAUUGGCUUUGUGAUAGGUCACGAGAUCACGCAUGGUUUUGAUGAUCAAGGGAGACAAUUCGACCAAGAGGGUAACCUAGUCGACUGGUGGCAAGAAGGCACUAAAAAAGCUUUUGUUGAGAAGGCUCAAUGUAUAAUAGAUCAGUAUGGGAACUACACUGUACCUGAACUGAGUUUGAAUUUGAACGGAAUCAACACCCAGGGCGAAAAUAUCGCGGAUAACGGAGGCAUCAAACAAGCCUACUUAGCCUAUGAUAGAUGGCUAAGACGUAACGGCGAUGACGAGGGCCAUCUACCGGGCUUGCAGCAGUACAGUGGCCGGCAGAUGUUCUGGAUGUCAGCGGCCAGCGUUUGGUGUUCCAAAAUACGACCAGAAGAACUGAAGCAAAUGGUUGUGACAGACGAGCAUGCGCCCGACAAGUACCGAGUGAUAGUACCACUUGCAAACAUGGAGUACUUUGCGAAAGACUUCAAUUGCGCCGCGGGAACUAAAAUGAACCCUAAGCAUAAGUGCAACGUUUGGUGAAAGAUACGUUUUGUGAUGAGUUAAGAUAAGAUGCCGUUAAGUAUUAUGCGAAUUCGUUCAAGGUCAGAGAGACCAGGUGCUAUCUUCGUAUCUGAUGGGAAAAUAUUCUUAUUCGGAUUUUUUGCAUGUUCGUGUAAAGGAUCCGUUAUUACUUAGAUUCGGUAUUUUGAAUCAGAUUAUUCAAAAAAUACAAAUCAGAAUAUUUUUCCUAUCAGAUAAAAAGAUACUACCAGGUGUAAAGGCAAUCAUAAUUUGUGUGGGCAAGAAUAGAAGAAGUGUCUUUUGACGCAGCUUCCAUAUAUUGUUUCCAAGGGUUUCUCCAAAUGUCAAAAAGUGCUUAAGACAAUGACUGAAUCCUCUUUGACAGCCGCGGAGAUAAUCAAGAAAAGCAAUUGUGAUUCUAAAGCCUAAUAUAAAAUAGCAUAUAGAGCAUGAAAAGCACCCAAACUAACAUUUUUGGUCCUCAUUAUUAAGUAUACCAAGAAAUGUUCGUUUGCUAUCAAAGAGGAGAUUAAUGAUUUGACUCUAGAAGAAGCAGUCUUUUUUGUUUAAACUAAGAGCAUUUUUUCUUCCAUUAUCCCUACACGUCUGCUGUCCUAGCUUCACUAUACAAGCUUAAUGUGGUUUAGAUAUAGACAGUCCGAUCAGUCGGUGACACUUUUUGAAAACACAAUGUCAAGCCGUUUUCGCAUAGUUAAACUGUUAACGACCUUGUGAUUUUCUACUGAUAUACUGAUGGAAUCUGCUUCUUCAAGCUGCACGGACCCCGCCAGUGUGAAGCCACUUUUUAAAGCUGCCAACUUGCUAAUAUUUUACUCUACAUGCCAAUUAUGAACAAAUUCUCUCAUACUAGUUAUCCUAACCAGUUCGAGACUCAUAUUAGUACACUCUUUCUAAAUUAUUUAUAGCAGAUAAAACUCGAUGAUUGUUUUGCCGCUAAAUUAAACCACAUGUCCUUUAAUUUAUUUUUUACAGCAGUCACGAGCUUCGAAUUUAGGCUUUGCCUCUCGUCUAUACGUGCACAUUUAUUGUGAUUGCUCCAUCUUAAAAACGAAUUCGUUGUUUGUGGUUACACCGGUAGGAAAAUGAGAGCUCGAUAAUGCUCACAUUUACUGUAUUAGUAAACUUUAUGAAAAAUGUUUAUACAAAGAUAACUUCUCACCCUUUGAACAAAAAAUUAGCCAGUCUUGCUCAAGAAACAAAUCUUCAAACAAAGCAAGCUAAAGAAGUACCAAUUUAAGGUAUUUUCCAGAAAAUGUUUUUCUGUAUUUACCUUAAAUUAUUGAAAAUGUAAUGGUGCAUCGUUGGCAAUUAUCUCUUAACAAGAAAAUUGCGUUGUUCUUAAAUGCACUUCACACGUAAUUUAGCACAAAUGAUAUGACCUCACACAAGCUUAUCUGUUUCCUCAUUAAUCUUGCCCAGAGUGUUAUUAGGUACUACAUACCUACGGCAAAAUUAAAUUUUCUAAUUCGUUAUUAGAAUUGUCCAAGUAAAGAAGAUAUUGUUAUUAUAACAUAUUUCAUAAGUUAGUGAUUGAGAGAAUCAUAUUUUGUUGACUUGGGUGACAGUACUGUCGAUGCAUCUUUCUUAAUGGUUAAACUUUUGGUCAAACUAUACACCUCUUAAAAAUAAUCUAUUGGUGAAGUAGAGUAUGAGUGAUAUUACUGUAAGAUCAACUGGAGCAGAACCUUGCAAAUUAUCAAUUAUAAUGUUAAAGAAUUUAUGAGUACUCAAUUGAGUUAGAUAUAUUAACAUACUAAUUACAUUUGUAGUUCGUAAAAAUGAACUAUGUGGGCAGAAGGAAAUGAUACUCAUUUUUGUAAAAUUAGGAACUCAAAAUUAUAAAUAACCAUCCCAGUAGGGGGACAUGAAAUAAAUAAAUUUACGUUUCUGACUCUUUUCACUUUUCUAUAAUUCUCCCAGUACGAGCACUAUAGUGUUAUAAAAAUGGCGUUGCGUAGAUUUUCUCUAUACUUCCCACGCAACGCUGAAAUCAGUUCAUAAAGGAGUAUGUUCACUACCAGUUAGACCCUCUGAGAAGAAAGUUAAUUACGAACAUCUAUAACAAAGAAAUUAAAUGGAUCAAGUCAGUCCAUAGGCAAUAUACAUGCGUAGAAAUAGCGAGGUUGGGAUAAUAUAAAUAUAGUAACAUCAAAAAAUUAGAUAUACCCGCCCCAUUCCCUAAGGAAAUGAGUGACAAGGUUUUUUGUGUUGUACUUACAUGUCAUAUAGCAUCGAAGAAACAUAAUAUCUCAUUUUCGAAAUACUUAAUACUUUCUCGCCAGUAGGGGAGUAAAAAAGGACCAUCAAGGUAGGUGUUUAAAUGCAUCAUUGUAGAUAUCACAGCUUGGUUUAGAGAUUUUCAAAGGCACAACCGCUAGAAAAUUGAGCCACCAGUUUUUUAAUUUUCUCAGGUAUAAUUUAUUGAGAAAAUUGGCUUUUAUUAGUAGUCGGUAGAUAGUCUUGGUGGAGUUUUUUCCAUAGUUAGAUAGUAUUUGUAUAUCGUCGAUGACACAAGGAAAAAUCGUAACUCCGUUUCUGAGAAUUUUAGAGGAAGGCGUAAAAAUAAAUUGAUGCAUUAUAUUGUUUUAGGAAUAAUAGCAUUAUUGUGAUAAAUGCAAUAUUAUAGUUUAGUCGAGUAGUUUCUGAAUGAUACUUAAAGAAAGCUGAAAUUUUCAAAACAAAAAUGGAAAAUAGGUAAAAUUAGGAAAUACGUGUUUUUCCUAUUUUAAACGCCAUAUAAAGUGGAGUUACGUGGUUUUCUUGUGUUAACAACGAUAUAUCUACUCAGAUAUUAGACAUUAGUGCUUUAUAAUAUUUGGGUGUAUUUAACAUUUCACUAUCUACACUGUACUAACGUAAUAUAAAAGCUUGCCUGUUGUAGAAAUAUCCAUUACAGAUACCAUUUUUCUGUUCAACAUUUUCGAUCAGUUAUUCUAGAGUAUAAUAUGCUGACUCUAUUUUUAGCUGAAUGGUAUCAAUACGCAGGGUGAAAACAUUGCUGACAAUGGAGGUAUCAAAGAAGCAUAUCUAGCUUACAACAGGU